GCUCAUUUGCAGACAUAUGGGUGAUUGGUACAGUCAGUUUAUGAACAGAAGUUUAAACUUGUAAGCUUAAGCUUCCGUUUAUAAACAGAAGUUUAAAAUUAUAGGUCCUGUUUAAUAUUCAGCUCUGUUAACUCACUCUCACCUUUUUGUGUUUUUACACUUUGUCAAGAUUUCUUUACAUAUUCAUCAAUGUCUGAAGAAGUUACUUAUGCAGAUCUUAAAUUCCAGAACUCCAGUGAGACAGAAAAAAUCCAAGAAAUUGGCAAAUUUGGGGAAAAAGUUCACAUUACUCUGAAGACAGCAAUGAAAAAAAUGAACAAACUACAAAAUAUCAAUGAAGAGCUUCAAAGAAAUGUGUCUCUACAGCUGAUGAGUAACAUGAACAGCUCCAACAAGAUCAGGAACCUCUCCACCACGCUGCAAACAAUAGCCACCAGACUAUGUCGUGAGCUCUACAGCAAAGAACAAGAGCACAAAUGUAAGCCUUGUCCAAGGAGAUGGAUUUGGCAUAAGGACAGCUGUUAUUUCCUAAGUGAUGAUGGCCGAACAUGGCAGGAGAGUAGAAUGGCCUGUGCUGCUCAGAAUGCCAGCCUGUUGAAGAUAAACAAUAAAAAUGCAUUGGAAUUUAUAAAAUCCCAGAGUACGUCAUAUCCCUAUUGGCUGGGAUUAUCUCCUGAAAAAGAUUACAGUUACGGUAUGAGCGUGGAUGAUAUAAUCAACUCCUCUGCCUGGGUUAUACGAAACGCAUCUGACUUAAAUAACAAGUUUUGUGGAUAUAUAAAUAGAAUAUAUGUUCAUUAUGAUUACUGCAUUUAUAGAAAAAAAAUGAUAUGUGAGAAGAUGGCCAAUCCAGUGCAGCUUGGUUUUAUACAUUUUAGGGAGGCAUGAGUCAUCAAUCAAAUACAUUUAAGGAGAGUGGGGGGUUGGGGUUCCAGGCUAUAGGUAAAUUUAAAUAUUUUCUGGUUGACCACAAUUGGUUGAGUUUGUCUAAGGACCUGGGAUUUUAUCACGCAGAUGAAACAUCCAGGUAGCAAGCUUCAGAGAGAAUAGAUUGUGAAUGUUAAUGCUGGAGAGGUAUAAUGAAGCAUGUCCCUCCUCCCACUUCCCAUCAUCGCCUGAAUCCUGGAGAAGAGGAAGUCCAUUCAGAUGGUUGUGGGGGGCCUUUGAAUUUUAUUUUUCAUUUACAUUCUUCCCUUUCUGGCCAAGAUUUGCCAGAGGCAACAUCCAAGACCAGCAGAUUUUAAUUUUGUCCCAUAGCAUUGCCAGGGUGGCAUGGCUCGCCAUCUCCGGUCCAUCCUAUACUCCGUGGGACUCCCUAUAGCUGAAGGCCUUAUGAGUCAAAGGACUUUUAGCCAAUUGAUUGUUCUAGGCCAGAUAAAAAUGGAUGUGGACAUGCAUUUAUUACUUCUUAAAAUUAUUAUUUUAAGUAAAAGCCAAUAAACAAAAAUGAAAAGGCAA